UUUUUUUUUACUGGAGAAGAAAAGGAAAAAAAUCAAUGGCGAAUCCUUGGUGGGUAGGGAAUGUUGCAAUCGGUGGAGUUGAGAGUCCAGUGACUUCAUCAGCUCCUUCUUUACACCACAGAAACAGUAACAACAACAACAACAACACACCGACUAUGACCCGUUCGGAUCCAAGAUUGGACCACGACUUCACCAGUGGAAGCCCUAAUAAUACUCAGACUCAGAGCCAAGAAGAGCAGACUAGCCGUGACGAGCAACCCGCUGUUGACCCUGGAUCUGGAUCCGGUUCUACGGGUCGGCGUCCUAGAGGUAGACCUCCUGGUUCCAAGAACAAACCAAAGAGUCCGGUCGUUGUCACCAAAGAAAGCCCUAACUCUCUUCAGAGCCAUGUUCUUGAGAUCGCUACUGGCGCUGACGUGGCGGAAAGCUUAAACGCCUUUGCUCGUAGACGCGGCCGUGGGGUUUCUGUGCUGAGCGGCAGUGGUUUGGUCACUAAUGUUACUCUGCGUCAGCCUGCUGCUUCUGGUGGAGUUGUGAGCUUGCGUGGUCAGUUUGAGAUCUUGUCUAUGUGUGGUGCUUUUCUUCCUACUUCUGGUUCUCCUGCUGCAGCCGCUGGUUUAACCAUUUACUUAGCUGGAGCUCAAGGUCAAGUCGUGGGAGGAGGUGUCGCUGGGCCGCUUAUCGCCUCUGGGCCUGUUAUUGUGAUAGCUGCUACGUUUUGCAAUGCCACUUACGAGAGGUUACCGAUUGAAGAUGAACAACAACAACAACAACAACAACAACAACAACAAGAGCAGCAACUACAGCUAGAAGAUGUGAAGAAGCAGAAGGUGAAGGAGGAUGAUGAUAACGAGAGUGGGAAUGAUGGAAACGAAGGACCGAUGCAGCCUCCCAUGUAUAAUAUGCCUCCUAAUUUUAUACCAAAUGGUCACCAAAUGGCUCAACACGACGUGUUUUGGGGUGCUGCUCCGCCUCGUGCUCCUCCUUCAUAUUGAUGAUAGUUUAGUUAGGCGGUGGUUGGGUUGGCACGUUUGGAAGGAUUAUAUUUUCCAUUAGGAUGGUUAGGCUUUUGUUUAUUAAAGCUAUCAAGUAUCUUUUUUUCACGGGUGGUCGGACUUUUAGCUAGUGUUUGUUGGUUUGUUUUGUGACGGCUUUUACUGGUUUUUCUGACUUGACUAUUUUGAUCGCGGAUAGCUUUUGUAUGAAGGUGAAAUUGAUUGUAGAAUCGUCUUUAAAAUUUGAUGUUGGAAAAACCAAAGCAAAUGGUGUGUGUGUGUGUUUCUGCAAUGGAAGCAAUUACGACUAUCAUUGUUUUAAUGUUGUUGGUAAGUGUGAUUCUUUUCGAUA